UGGAAUCGUGCAAAAGCAAGACAGAUGUGUGUUUUUUUCAUACUGACAACGUGGCCAGGGGCCAAGUGAACCUGGACUGGUCAUGGUCUGUCGACCUGGGUUCCUUUGUCGCCGGCGAUUUUGCCCCCGACCUUUCCUGGUGGGUUUGGUGGUGGCAAUCUGUCUCUUUUACCAGACCCUAACACUCAGAGGGACUAAGAAGAUUGCCGCGGAGGUCUCUGGGACUGUCCCACACACCCCCUCUCAAACUCAGGGUAGCAGAUGUGAGAAAGACUACCCGCAGGACAAACGGUGCUUCCUUCUCUCUGCCAACGCUCAAGAAAUCAGGAAGAUUGAAGAAUUGAUUGAGAGACACUUUGGCGGUCGCAGCAGAAGGGCCAUCCUCCAUAGACCUCCAUCUUCCAGUGGAGCAGAGCUUCAGAUACACCAGCACCUCCUUGCUCAGCAUGGCUACAGUGUGGUCACUGUGGAAGAAAGGCUUGGUGGUGAUCGGGGUCUGGAGCUGCUGGACCAAGGUGGUUUGAACUCCUGGGAUCUGUUCAUUUGCCUGCCUUCUAGGGAAGCUGAUGGGAAACCCUGCAUACCCAGGGAGCACAUGUGUCGACUAAGCCUACAUCAAAGGGUGAAUGUGUUACCAGAAAUACAGCCUCAGCUUUGCAGAAAAGAAGGCUUGUGUGAAAUAAUCAGAAGAUUUCCAGAACUGCGACUUCCAGUGAGUUCUUCUGUGUGCCUGGGUCACAGGACACAGUCACGGCUGAGUGUUUCCAGUCAUCUCUCAAAAGCAGAGAAGCCACGUGUAUGGAAACCAUGGAACUGGCAACGCGAACAGUUGAAUCAGACUACAGUCGUUGCUCCGCGUGAAGCAAUCUUCAGGGCAGAAGAGCUAUCUGUGAUUCUUAAAGCGUAUGUGUUGGUGACCUCCUUAAGGCCCUUGCGUGCCUUCAUUCAUUCAACGGGCACGGUAUGGAGCCCCCCGAAGAAGAAACGCUUCACUGUCAAGCUGCAGAUGUUUUUUGAGACAUUCCUGAGGACCAGUUCACCUCUGCAAGCCCUGGACAGCCUGAAGGAAGCCAUUAGCAAGCUGCUGUUGGUAGCUGAGGUGUUUAGUGACUCAUCUACUCUGGGACCAAAGACCUUUCAUAGAUGUAGGCACUGCUUUCAGCUUAUGACCUUUGACAUUGGUUAUGGAGAUCCGGGGAAUCCUGUGGUGCUGCAGGUACACGAGCGUUUAAAAUUUCACGAUGAUGAGAAUCUCCACGUAGAGGACCAAAAUACGGAAAGAAUCCUCUUAAGGGAUACUUUCGACUUCCUCUUCUCCAAUGCGUCUUCCCUUCCCGUGGUUUCUGAGAUGCUGCAGAGGCCUGAGAGGGCAGGUGCAUCUGUGGAUGGAAAGUAUCAGAAGGAGUUAAAUCAGUGCCUGUCGUUAGAGGAAAUUCACUCAAUUAGGACUUUUGUAAAGGAACUUGGGAGUCUGGGACAAUUCCAACUGCUCUUCCCAUCCACUGUUCCUGGGAUUCAGUCUCUGAUGGGUGAAUUUUAUGAUCCGGCAACUCCUGGCUCAGUCCUGUCCCACUACUGGUCUCUUUUAAAUGUAUUUGAACAAUUUUGGCUCGUGAAUAAAAAGGCACAGCUACAUCCACUGGAAUGGAAUUCUUCAACAAGGAACCAGACCGUUGAGAAACCACACAGGUCAUUGGAAGCCAUCCAAAGUAAAAAAGCUGCAGUUCCACAAGUUUUGUAUGAAGAUAAAGAUAAACAUUGCAGCGAUGAGGAAGACGCACAGUGUCAGAUCAAGAAGAUUGUCACCUAUCCCCGUUUAGAACUGAGUCCCGAGUUUAAUGCGAAGAUCAAAGAUUAUUACUGCGAAGUGCCCUUUGAUGUGCUAACCGUGAGGAUCGGAGCCGAGACUUCAAAGUGUCAGUGCAAGGUGCACCUGCAGGAGCAGACAGGGCCAAGCUUUGCCAACUAUCCUCUGGGAUUAGGAAUGAACAGAAUCUCCAUGCUUGUGGUGGAUGAAUCUCGAGCAGAGGGUGAUGCCCUAACCACGUAUAAACUCACCAUCUACAGAGAAGACCGCCCGAGUCUGCCCUUCUUCGAGGACUUCACAGCGUGCGGCUUUGUACAAGAUUGCGAUUUAUUGAUUCACCCAGAAGAAACCUGUGGAUUGCAGCCUAUUUCUGCAGACUACAUUGAAGCCAUUUCACAGCCUGAAAUACAGAGUUGUCAAUCUGGGGACACUAAAGGCCAGUGGAUUGUGCCUUGCCUUACUUGUUCAGACAACAGGACCUGUGACUGGAGAGAAAUAACCUGGCAACCACACAACUGCCAACAUGACAUCCUAAGCAAGCCAGAGCUUCAGCAGUGCCUGCAAGGAAGGAAGAUUCUUUUCAUAGGAGACUCCACCAACAGGGGGAUGAUGUAUUAUCUAAUUGAGAGACUGAAUGAAACGCUUCAGGAGUGGCAGAAGCUGCAUGGCACUAAACUCUACCCCAGUGUCAAUGGCGGAAAGACUCUGAUCAGUUACUCCUACUACCCCCAGUUCUGGAUAAGCCCUUCAUUGAGACCUGCAUUUGAGAAAGCACUUGAACAUCUCUUGCAAAGAUCACAGCCCCUAGAGAAUACUGACCAGACGGUAUUGGUUGUCGGUGGUGUUCAGUGGCUUAAUUCCAAUCACCUGCAAAUUAUUCACAAGGUUUUAAAGAGGGAAAAUUUGCAGAAUAUCCUAGUGAUCAUCAAAACUUUGGGGAUUGGAUUCCACCUGCCGGUGGAUGGAGUGCAUUUCUUAACACAGAGUGAAGUACGGAACUUAUAUAAAGAAAAUCUGAGUAUUCUGGAAGCUGCCAAAAAAUAUGGCUAUGAAGUAGUAGACACAUUCACUAUCACGAUGGGACGGCACAAAGAAUUUCUGCAGGGCAAUUGUGGAUGCCAUUUUCACGAGGUAGUGAAGUCUAAGCUCGCCAGACCGCACCACGUGAUCAAGAUGAAAAGAUCCAAGAACCAUAUUGUGGGGAAAUACUUCAGCAGUCAAAGCAAACUGAAGCAACACAAUUCUGCCCCAAAUGUUCACUCACCGUAUCAUGUCAGAGGCCCGAUAAACCAGGUUUGUGCUGAAAUCCUGCUCAGCAGGAUGUGUGUGAGUCAGAGGUCUGCACGGGUUCCCUGAAGGAGAACCCAGUUCACAGUUAGAGAUAACCUUUCACCUGGACCUGAGAGCCAAACGUGCCUGACACAUACUUUGCAAUGACGACCCUCACCAGUGCAAGCGUACACAGCAAAGCACACAGCUCACAGACACGCAAUGACACACUUUUCUGAUGUCUGUACACACUCAGAAGUGACCUCGAGCAUCCGUUAGUUUCAGGUCGAAGCACAGAGCUAUACAGAGAUCACUUGAACUGUGAUCACAAAGGACGACCGUGUGGACCAGGUAUUGAACUGCAACGAUAAAAGGAAAGACAGAAAUGCAACCGCGUGGGGAUAGGGCGAUGCUGGUUCUGUGCUCUCCUCGACAUAGGAGGAGAAAAAAACGUUUUUCCACCAAUGAAAAAACGUCGAAGAAGCAAAUACAUUCCACAUGUAGGGAAGAAUAACACCGAAGUUCUCUACCGGGAGAAGCAGGGUAUUUACAGUGAUUUGAGCUUUGUGGAUCCAAUGCUUAUGAAAAACACUUCUUAUGCUUUUAAAAUGGUACGAUGGAAGGGAGAGAACAGGAGUGGUUCUCUACAGUGGAAUUCAGAGAUUCUCCGAGAGCAAUAAGAAGCAACGUUAUAUUCAACUCUGAGUUCCUGUGUGUUCCUCAAAGAUUGCCCCCCCCCCACAACCGUCUGUGAGCUUAGAUGGGAAGCACAGUCUACGUGGAGGAUGUGCAUAAUUUUAAAGUGUGGUACAAAAUAAAGUUCCCCGCCUGUUAUGUUGUAUAUUUGUGGAUGCUGUUACUAAGGAAACCUUUACUGCCUUUACCUGCCCCUAUAGACCUAUUUAUUUUAAGACAAUGGUUACAUUUCAGAUAUUGUGCAAAGGAUUGCAGAUUCUCAAAUGUAAAAGCAUGAAGCCUUUCCUAUAUAUCCACAAAUAGUACUAUUUGACUAGUAUUAUAUUCUUCUUUGAACAAACAUGUUUAAUUCGAAUUAGAGUAAUAGGCUCACAAGUAUUUUGAUGAGAAUUGUGGUAUAAGUAUGGAAUGUACCCAGUUCUAGCAUUGAAAACUCUCUCUUCUGUCUUCUUAGGCACAAGAUGGCAGAUUUCCUUAUUAUACAAAUUCUUUGUUGGGAGAUAACAUUUCACUGCCAUGGUGGGUUUUAAAGGAUGAUCUGGGCAUGAGGAAAUGAAGCUGAGAGGGAUAACUCAGAAUGUAGAUGAGAUUACUAAAUAUUCAAAUACCUCAAGUUCAUCGCCAUAAAAAAAAAAUGAAACUAUUUUGACCUAUUGACCCAUCAAUUAUUUAGAAUGAAUUCCGACCUCUGCCAAAUGCUCUAUUUUUAUAUAUAUUUUAUAAGAACAUAAACAUGAAUUUAUAUAUUACUGUAUUAAAUUAUAUUUAAGUACAAAUAUCACUUGAUAUAAACAUUAUAUGCAUUUAGAAAUAGAUUUUUUUGAACAAUGGUACUGAAUUAACUUAAAAAUGAAGUAUUUUUCAUAUUUACAUCUAUAUACAAACACCGUUUUUAGAUUUUGCAGUUAUUUUUCCAUGAUAGGACAUGUUAGCAAUCGAUGUAGCUGCUCCAAUCAACUGUCGAUGGACUGCAUAUUCACCCACGCUGCCCAGCUAGCGCUAAGCCUCACUCUCCUCAUAACUGUGGAAACCCUCCGACUCAAGUUGGUCUGGCAUUUUCCUCUUCACCAUUGAAAUAAUACUAGAUUUUUGAAAGAACUGUAAUGUGUUAUCAAUAAAUGUCUAGCUUGUAAUCAUCUGUGUUCAGAUGAUUUUACAA